AUGGGUUUCCUAAGCUCCUUUCUAUUCAUCUGCCUCAUGUUCCUUUUUUCUCUGCAGAUGCCUGUGCGGGGCACAGAACAAUUUGUGGUGCUUGGACCAACUGAGCCCAUUGUGGCCUUACUGGGUACGGACAUCAUACUGCCCUGCCGCCUCUCCCCCUUUAUGAGUGCGGAGCACAUGGAAGUCAGGUGGUUUCGCUCCCAGUUCUCUGAAGCUGUGUUCGUGUUCCAAAAGGGGAAGGAAGAGACUGACGAACAACUGGUGGAAUACACAGGGAGGACAGAACUUAUAAGUGAAUUCAUUACUGAGGGGAGGUUGGCCGUGAAGAUUUACAACGUCCAAAUAUCAGACAAUGGAAAGUACCAGUGCUAUUUUAGAAAAGGAGAUGUAUACGAACAAGCGAGUCUCGAAGUGAAGGUGGCAGGUCUAGGUUCUGCUCCUCACCUCCGCUUGGAAGGGCACGAGGAUGGAGGGGUUAAGUUGGCAUGCAUGGCAGAUGGAUGGUUCCCACAGCCCCAGGUGCAGUGGAGAGACAAUAGGGGAAGGAAGUUAUCCUCCCUCUCUGAGACCCAGGCCCAAGAUGAAGCUGGUUUCUUCCACAUGAAGGCAUUGAUUGUGGUCCAAGAGAGCUCUGUUAGAAAUGUAUCCUGCUCCAUCUGCAACAAGCUCCUGAGUCAGGAGAAGAUAUCAGCCAUUGACAUCCCAGAGUCCUUCUUCCCUAAGACUUCUCCCUGGAAGAAAGCCCUGAGUGGGAUCUUACCUGUGGUGGGAAUUCUCCUUGGAAUCAGUAUCUUUUUCAUCCUGAAAGAAAGGAAGAAAACAAAGAAAUUGCUCCAGGAAAAGAAGGACGAUAAAAAAGACAAAGGUUCCUCCUGGCCCCUAAGCCACGCUUUCUCCUGCACCUGUAUUGACCUUGUGCCUCUUUCUGCAGUGAAUGUGACUCUGGAUCCAGCCUCUGCUCAUCCUGGCCUCGUUCUCUCUAGGAAUGGGAAAGACACGAAAGUGGAAAGUGCACGAACGAGUGCAGAAGAAACAUUCAGUGUCCUGGGCCAGAAGUCCAUCACCUCUGGGAGACAUUACUGGGAGGUGAAGGUGGAAAUGGAGGUUGGGAAUAAAGCCACUUGGCAUCUUGGAAUUUGUAGGGACAGUGCAAGCAGGAGUGGGUGGGUCAGAGAGUCCCCAGAAAAGGGGUUCUGGGCCGUAGGAUGCAGUGACGGGAUAUUUCAGCCAAUGUUUAGUAAACAGUCAGUGGCUCCAUCCCUGGGGAAGCCCCCAGAGCAGAUAGGCAUAUUCCUGGAUUGUGAGGCAGGAGACGUCUCGUUUUACAACAUGACAGACGGGUCUCACAUCUACAACUUCCCCCCAGAAUCCUUCUCUGGCCCUGUGUGCCCAUACUUUAGUAUACAGACCCUCGAUACAUCUUUCACCAUCUGCGGUGUGUCAGACAGACCUGAGAGCAUCCCUGCCCCUUCUCUGGAGACCCCAGGGACCGCCCAAGAGCAGGAAAAGUUUCUUGGUGACAAGAACAAGGCUCUGGAGGAAGAAUCUACCCCAACACAAAUUUCCAUGUUUGGAGCUCUGAGGAAGAUGAUGGGUUUUCUAAGAUCCUUUCUAAGCAGAUGCCUCAUUUCCCUCCUCAUCCUACAGAUGACUGUGUGUGUUUCAGAACAAUUUAAGGUACUUGGACCCACUGGACCCAUUGUGGCCAUACUGGAUACAGAUGUCACACUACCCUGUCGCCUCUCUCCCUUGAUGAAUGCAGAGCACAUGGAUAUCAGAUGGCUUCGCUCCCAGUUCUAUGAAGCUGUAUUUGUGUUUCAAAAUGGGAGGGAGCAAGUUGGAGAACAACUGGUGGAAUACAUGGGGAGGACAGAAUUUAUAAGUGACUUUAUUAAAGAGGGGAGGGUAGCUGUGAAGAUCUACAAUGUCAAAAUGUCAGACAAUGGAGAGUAUCAGUGCAUUUUUCAGGAAGGUGAUGCAUAUGAAAAGGCUGUUUUUGAAGUAAAAGUGGCAAGUUUAGGUUCUGCUCCUCGUUUCCACUUGGAAGGGUAUGAAGAUGGAGGAAUACGACUGGUGUGCAGUGCAGAUGGAUGGUUCCCACAGCCCCAGGUGCAGUGCAGAGACAAUAGGGGAGGGAAGUUAUUCUUCCUCUCUGAGACUCAGGCCCAAGAUGAAGCUGGUUUCUUCCAUGUGAAGACAUUGAUUGUGGUCCAAGACAGCUCUGUUAGGAAUAUAUCCUGCUCUAUCUACAACCCGCUCCUGGGUCAGGGGAAAGUGUCAACCAUUGACAUCUCAGAACCCUUCUUCCCUAAGACAUCUCCCUGGAAGAAAGCCCUGAUUGGGAUAAUUCCUGUGAUGGUAAUUUUUCUUGGAAUCAGUAUCUUUUUCAUCCUGAAAGAAAGGAAGAAAACAAAGAAAUUGCUCCAGGAAAAGGAGGAGGAACAAAAAUACAAAGAUAAUCUCAGAACAGAGCUUGAAAAAAGGAAGCAUCUCUAUGAUUCAGCCUGGAGGAAGGCCCACAUAUAUGUUGACUGGAGAAAGCAACAUUUUCAGGCAUUGAAUGUGACUCUGGAUCCAGCCUCUGCUCAUCCUGGCCUCGUUCUCUCUAGGAACGGGAAAGUCAUGAGAGUGAAAAAUGCAAGAAAGAUUAAAGAAGAAAAGUUCAGUGUCCUGGGCCAGAAGUCCAUCACCUCCGGGAGAUAUUACUGGGAGGUGAAGGUGGAAAUGGAGGUUGGGAAUAAAGUCACUUGGCAGCUUGGAAUUUGUAGGAACAGUGCAAGCAGGAGUGGGUGGUUCAGAGAGUCCCCAGAAAAGGGGUUCUGGGCCGUAGGAUGCAGUGAAGGGAUAUUUCAGCCAAUGUUUAGUAAACAGUCAGUGGCUCCAUCCCUGGGGAAGCCCCCAGAGCAGAUAGGCAUAUUCCUGGAUUAUGAGGCAGGAGACGUCUCAUUUUACAACAUGACAGAUGGGUCUCACAUCUACAACUUCCCCCCAGACUCCUUCUCUGGCCCUGUGCGCCCAUACUUUAGUAUACAGACCCUCGAUACAUCUUUCACCAUCUGCGGUGUGUCAGACAGACCUGAGAGCAUCCCUGCCCCUUCUCUGGAGACCCCAGGGACCGCCCAAGAGCAGGAAAAGUUUCUUGGUGACAAGAACAAGGCUCUGGAGGAAGAAUCUACCCCAACACAAAGUCAUUCUCCGCCUCAUUAUAAGCCUGUCUCCCAGCAUACCAAGUAA